UGACUCAGAAGCAGAAUGAAUCACGGCUGGUAACACACCGCGAGCAGGAGGAAAGGCCGCCCUACAGCCGCCCUAAGGCACCAACGGGUACUCAGGCAAGACGUCUUCAGACAGCGAUGCACAGAGAAGAAAUGUAGCUUCCGUUCUUCUGGGAACGGCUUGUUUCUGGCUUCUGCACACUGAAGGAACACUGGUGAAGGCGUGAUCCAUCCCAGCGGCACAUACAAAUAUGAAGUUAUUCUGGAUAAUCCCAUUUUUCCUGCUGCAAGACACUGAAACUUUUCUGAUGAAAAAUGCUAAAGUCAAGCUGUGUUUACAAGCCAGCCCAACGGAUGGGAGCUUACUGCUGGAGGGCUGUAAUCCAGCCUCAGAUUUCCAAGAUUGGUCUUGGCAAGGCGAUUCUUUGAUGAAUCUCGGCACGCUGACAUGCCUCUCCGUGGUGGAGGCCAGCGGAGUGCGGACCGGUGCCUGCGGCAGCACAGACCGCAUGAGCUGGGACUGCUCGAAUUCGCUGCUCUCUCCUCUGGGCAGCAGCCAGAGCUACCUGGUGGCAAGCAGGAGAGGAGUCAGCCUCGCCAAUGUGAGAGGCCCCAAGGCCCAGUGGCAAGGGGCUGCAGAGAGGAGCGUGUGUGAGGAGAAAACAGCCAAGGCAGAGCACGACAGGUACUUCCCCGCAGCCCUUGCCAGCACACGCGUGUAUGAGCCGACAGCAGGCAACGCUACCCUUGCGCUGGGUAUGGCUCCAGGGCAGCUGGAGGAGCUCCUGUGGUUCUUCCGCAGAGAAGACCCGUCGACGUGGAACUACACUAUCCUUGCCCUUUCCUUCGUGGUCCUCCUUCUGGGUCUUUUCCUCCUGGCCAUUAAUGUUGUGCGUAACAGGAAAAGGAAGAUGUAUGCAAAAGUGGUGCAAGACGUGGAGCAAGCUGAGCUGGAAGCCAAGCAAGCCCUGAUGCCCAUGCAGGAGCACAGCCACACCGACCCGCAGAAGCAGGAGCUGCUGCAGAAGGAGGAGAGGUCGGGAGAGGUGCUGGUUCAGUGGAAGGAUGGGACCGUCACCACCCUGUACACAGAAAGAUCAGAGGAGGCCUUAUAACAGCAG